UUAGGCCACCGCACCCUGCACUCAGUAGUGUGUGAGAGCCAACAAGGAUUACACGUGUUCAAUAAAUAAAUAAUAGACCAGUGAAUGUAUCAGUGAUUUGAAUUUAAUUUUCAUAAACGAAAAAUGGCUAUAAAAGGAAUAUCCUUAGAAGAUGAGUAUAAGAAGAACACAGGUACCACUCCAGAAGACAUCAAGAAGUUACGCGACUGGCUCAGCACACAGCCUCAUCUACCUGGAGAAUGUAUCACAGAUCUGGACUUGAUUCUGAUCUACCACUGCUGCGACCACAGCGCGGAGGUGUCCAAACAAGUGCUGGACCUGCACUACACGCUGCGGACACUGUUCACCAACUUCUUCAAAGAUAGAGCGGUCGAUAAUAAGACAGAAGAUAAUCUUCAUAAUGUGUUACUCCAACCGCUUCCCACGCGGUCAAUAAAUGGCGACGCUGUAUUCUACUGCCGGCUGUUGGACUACGAGCCAAGAAACUUCGAAUUCGCCAAGUCACUCAGGUCAGUGCUAAUGAUCCUAGACUUAUGGCAGUUCGAAGAGGGCACGUGGCCAGGGUUCGUGCUGAUCUUCGACCUGGACGGCCUCAAGCUUGGACAUCUCACCAAGCUAGACGUGCAAACUAUUCAGCAGUUCCUGUAUUAUUUGCAGGAAGCUAUGUUGGUAAAGGUGAAAGGGCUCCACUUCCUAAACGCGCCAUCAUUCAUGGACCGGCUGAUGAUGAUGAUCAAGCCGUUCAUGAAGAAGGAACUACUGGAAGUACUAACCAUACAUCAAAUCGGAGCCAAGACCUUGGACAAGUAUGUCCCGAUGACUGGCUUGCCGAAAGAAGCAGGCGGCGAGUUCAAGACGUUCAAUGAGUGUAGAGAUGAAAUGCUAGCCAGACUAAAAGCAAACAAAGACUUCUUUGUCCAAGAGAACAAGAAACGAGUGGUGGAAUCCAAGCGACCGGGCAAGCCUAAGACCAUCUCCGACAUAUUCGGUAGUGUGGAGGGAUCCUUCAAGAAACUCGACAUCGAUUAAACUUAGAACAACUAACAUAUGUUCUUAACUAUUAAAAAACCAAUGCACUAUUAAAUAGUGUUUAAAGUUAAUCUUUGUUGUGGCCAUUAACCAUAUUACAAUAAAAUUGUGUUAAUUUUA